AUGAGCGGGCGCCCUAGGACCACGUCUUUCGCCGAGGGCAGCAAAUCCGUUCGAAAGACAUUCGAAAAUCAGCCACCGAAACCACCUCUUGGAGGAGUAAAAAUUUGCAGCAAGGACGGCUCGAAGGUGACGACCGUAGUGGCGACGCCGGGGCAGGGCCCCGACCGGCCGCAAGAAGUCAGCUACUCUGACAUGAAGCUCAUCGGCAAUGGCAGCUUCGGCGUUGUCUACCAAGCCAAGUUAUGCGACACCGGUGAGCUCAUCGCCAUCAAGAAAGUGCUCCAGGACAAAAGGUUUAAGAACCGAGAGCUUCAAAUCAUGCGACGACUGGAGCAUUGUAAUAUUGUCAAACUGAAAUACUUCUUUUACUCCAGCGGAGAAAAGAAGGACGAAGUGUACCUGAAUCUGGUGCUGGAGUACAUACCCGAGACAGUGUACAAGGUUGCACGUCACUACUCCAAAGAUGAACAAACAAUACCUAUUAGUUUUAUAAAGCUAUACAUGUACCAGUUGUUUAGAAGCCUUGCGUAUAUCCACUCGCUUGGCAUUUGCCACCGAGAUAUCAAACCACAGAACCUGCUGCUCGAUCCCAAAACCGGAGUGUUGAAAUUGUGCGAUUUCGGCUCUGCAAAACACCUCGUACGCGGGGAGCCAAAUGUCUCCUACAUUUGUUCGCGGUACUAUCGCGCGCCCGAGCUCAUUUUUGGCGCCAUUGAUUACACAACUAAGAUCGAUGUCUGGAGCGCGGGCUGUGUUGUAGCAGAAUUGCUUUUAGGCCAACCGAUAUUCCCAGGUGAUUCCGGCGUUGAUCAACUUGUUGAAAUCAUCAAGGUCCUAGGCACACCCACACGCGAACAGAUUCGUGAGAUGAAUCCCAAUUAUACAGAAUUCAAAUUUCCACAAAUCAAGAGUCAUCCAUGGGCAAAGGUGUUCCGCGCGUGCACGCCGGCGGACGCGAUCUCGCUGGUGUCGCGGCUGCUCGAGUACACGCCGGGCGCGCGGCUGUCGCCGCUGCAGGCGUGCGCGCACAGCUUCUUCGACGAGCUGCGCGAGCCCGGCGCGCGCCUGCCCAACGGGCGCGCGCUGCCGCCGCUCUUCAACUUCACCGACUACGAGCUGGCCAUCCAGCCCUCGCUCAACGAGUUCCUCAAGCCGCGCCCGCAGCCCGCCGCCGACGCGGCCGCCGCCUCCGCGUCCGCCGCCGCGCCGCAGGAGCACGACGCGCCAGGUGAGAACGCGGCGGCGGGCGGGCCCAGCGGCGGGUCGCCGGGCGCGUCGUAG